AUGUCAUUAAAACGCAAAGCCAACGACCUCCCCUCUUCUCAAGACCCAAAAAAAGCCAAAGGCUCCACCAUAACUUCUUUCUUCGGACAACCAAAACCUGUCCACAAUGCCAAUUCCUCUAAUAUCGCCGCUCCAGUCACGAAGUUUGAUAAGGAGGCAUGGGUAGCGAAGUUGACGGAGGAGCAGAAAACUUUGUUGCAAUUGGAAAUUGAUACGUUGGAUGUCAGUUGGUUGAAGGAACUACAGGAUGAAGUCUUGACGAAGGAGUUUUUGGAUCUGAAGAGAUUCCUGAAGAGAGAGGUGGAUGCGGGGAAGGUCAUAUUUCCCAAGAUGGAAGACGUAUAUGCGUGGUCCACACAUACACCACUACACACCGUCAAAGCCGUCAUAAUAGGCCAAGAUCCAUACCACAACGUCAAUCAAGCACACGGUCUCUGCUUCUCGGUCCUCCCACCGACCCCCGCCCCCCCAUCCCUCAAAAAUAUCUACAAAGCCCUCAAAAACGACUACCCCUCAUUCACACCACCGCCCAAGAACUCCGGCCUCCUCACACCCUGGGCAGAUCGCGGCGUCCUACUGCUCAACACCUGUCUCACCGUCCGCGCCCACGACGCAAACUCCCACGCGAACCGCGGCUGGGAGAAGUUCACGCAAAAGGUCAUCGACACCGUCGCAGCGAAGCGGCAGAAAGGCGUGGUGUUCCUCGCGUGGGGCAGUCCGGCUGCGAAGAGAGUGGUCAAGAUUAAUAAGGCGAAGCAUUUGGUAUUGUUGAGUGUGCAUCCUAGUCCGUUGAGCGCGAGUCGGGGGUGGUUUGACUGCGGGCAUUUUCGGAAGACGAAUGAGUGGUUGGUGGAACGGUAUGGGGUGGGGAGUGAGAUUGAUUGGGAUUUGAAUGGGAUGACGGAGGGGGAGAGGGAGAAGAUGAGGGUUGAGGAGGAGAGGAAGAAGGUGGAGGAGGAGAAGAAGAGGGUGGAGGAGGAGAAAAAGAGGAAGGAGACUGAAGAGACUUUGGCUGCUUUGGAGGCUAUUGAGGCUGCGGAGACGGAUGACGAGGAAGCUGAGGGGAGUCCAGCUACCUUGGAGGCUAUUGAGGCUGCGGAGACGGACUACGAGAAUGAGGAGAUAUGA